CGGAGGCUGGAGCCCGGGUCAGCUUGGCGUCUCCCUCCAGUCAGUGACCAACUCCUGCCUCAGCGAGGGUUCUGCUCGCCCCCCUCGAUUCCCUCCCAGCCUUCCUCCCGCCACCAGACCUAGCCCCGCAGUGGCAGGCUGAGGAGGAGCGAAGAAAGGAGGAUUAAAGAGAAGAAAGACCUGGCUGGGUCUGGGUGGCGUCUGCAGUGCCAGAAGGGGAGGUGGUGGCGGCGGCUGCGACCACGGCCGCGCGGGACGUGAGGCCCGAGAGCAGCCGACGGCGGCGGCCGCUCCAGAGCCUCGCGCCGGGGCCGUUAGUCAGCAGAACGCGAGCCCGUGUGGAGGAGCCGGAGCGGCGCGAGGCGAGACUCGAGGGCGCGAGCCGGCCCCCGCGUGCGCCGCCGGCCCUCCUCGCCCCGGCGCCGGGGGCUGCAGCCUUCGUCCCCCCCUCCUCGGCCGCGCCCGCCCGCAGGCCGGGAGAGUCUGGCGGCGGCGGCGGCGGCAGCGUGGGUCGCACCUUGCGGAGGACAGCGCGGCGGCAGCGGCUCUCUCCCGGCCCUUUCUUCCCGACACCUUGGCCGCGGCCCCUCAGGUGCAGGCUCCAGUAAAUAAAAAGAAUUUUGGAGAUCUUGUGUCAGCAUUUGGAGCUGCCUAAUGUGUCUGAGUAAAAAAUCAGAAGAUGAAUAAUCUUUCAUUCAGUGAGUUAUGUUGCCUCUUCUGCUGUCCACCUUGCCCUGGGAAAAUUGCUUCAAAAUUAGCAUUUUUGCCACCUGACCCAACUUAUACACUGAUGUGUGAUGAAAGUGGAAGCCGCUGGACUUUACACCUAUCAGAACGAGCAGACUGGCAGUACUCUUCUAGAGAAAAAGAUGCUAUUGAGUGUUUCAUGACUAGAACCAGUAAAGGCAACAGAAUUGCCUGCAUGUUUGUGCGUUGUUCACCCAAUGCCAAGUACACUUUACUCUUCUCACAUGGAAAUGCUGUUGAUCUUGGUCAAAUGAGCAGCUUUUACAUAGGACUGGGAUCACGGAUUAACUGUAAUAUAUUCUCAUAUGAUUAUUCUGGAUAUGGCGCAAGUUCUGGGAAACCAACAGAGAAGAACCUCUAUGCAGAUAUAGAAGCUGCUUGGCUUGCUCUUAGGACAAGAUAUGGCAUUCGCCCUGAAAAUGUGAUUAUAUAUGGCCAAAGUAUAGGGACAGUACCAUCUGUGGAUCUUGCUGCUCGCUAUGAGAGUGCUGCUGUUAUUCUUCAUUCUCCUUUGACCUCGGGAAUGCGAGUCGCUUUUCCUGAUACUAAGAAGACCUACUGUUUUGAUGCAUUCCCAAACAUUGACAAAAUCUCUAAGAUAACCUCUCCAGUAUUAAUAAUUCAUGGGACUGAAGAUGAAGUCAUUGACUUUUCACAUGGCCUCGCCUUGUUCGAGCGUUGCCAAAGACCUGUGGAGCCCCUGUGGGUUGAAGGGGCUGGUCACAAUGAUGUGGAACUUUAUGGACAGUACCUCGAAAGGUUGAAACAGUUUGUGUCACAGGAACUGGUAAAUUUGUAAAAUAUUCUGUAAAUUUACAUACUGGGUAUUCUUUCCUUGCUGAACUGCACUCUUUGGUAAAUAACAUAAAACCUGAAGGUUUUGUUUGCAAAUCAUGUCAGUUGCCUUCAUAAAUGUACAGAUAAUGAUUUGUUAACAGACUUAAUGAAGGUUUUAAUUACCAGAACUAGAAACUGGAAAUAACAGUAUCAUGCAGUCAGGCUGUGUAAUUUAUAUUUUUUCUGUGAAUUUUUUUUUAAACAUCAAAAUGAGUACUGUAUGAAAUUUUAAUUCUAUAAAAUCAAAUGCUGUAAAAGUAUUGCCAAAUGCUUUUGCAUAUCAGAAACAGAUUUAUAAAUAUUUUUAAAACAUCUCAAUGUACUAAAUCUUAUCCAGGUAUACAAAUAUAAUAUUCUUUCAAUAAAAAGCUGUAUAUCUAAAACAAAUCAAGUACUCAUAGUAGAAUAAACUGUAUGAAAACGUGCAAGUUCACUAGAGAUGACCUAAGCCCUGUUGUACAGGGAUAAGGGUUUAAACACUUAUUAUAUUGUAAAAUACAUUGAAUUUUCUGUAUUCCCUGGUUAUCAUACAUUUUCUCCUUUAAAAAAAAAAUGUAAGUCUUAAUUUUUAUGCCAACUGUUAAUUUACCGACUAGUUACCUUGUAAAUGAGAAGUCAUGAUAGCACUGAAAUUUUAACUAGUUCUGAUUUAUAGGUUUGGUACUGUGAGGCAACUACUUAAAGUUCUCAUUUUUGUUUUUUAAAAGGCAUUUAGAGCUUCAAGAAUGAUUUUUGUAUGCAAUGUUGUUUUAAAUUUUGACUAAUCUCAUAGAAUUGCUGUACUCUUCAUUAUAAGAAAACCUGAGAGCCCGUUAGAUGUUCCUCAAGACCACAAACAGGCUGGCUAUUGGGUCAAUUUUCACUUUGGCUAUUUUUAAUAGAACCUGUUGUUUUAGAUUACUAUCAGAGAAUUUCAUGGGUUUACUCCUGAUACAAGAAAUAAGAGAACAUUUAAUUCAUAACUUUUAUAUUAACCGAUGUAGUAAAAAACAAAACUCACACAUGAAAACUAAGUUGCCUUUCCUUGAAUGAAUCUUGCCUGAAUAAAGCAAUGAAAGAAAAAGAAAAAUAAAAUUAAUGGUAUGUAGUCUAAUUUGUAAAUGAAUGAAUAUUGAAAUAAUACACACUGUGGAUAUAUUUUAAGGCCUUAUGUAGUUUUAAUUGUUCUGCUUGUUCUGUGGUUAUGUCUAAGACUAUAGCAUAUGAUUCUCUUCAAAGUAUAUCAAGUAUUGUGAAUGCUUUGGUUCAGAUGUGUCAAAUUAACAGUAAAACAACAAAUAUACCACCCA